AGAUGGGGGAAGGCAGGAAGGGGGCAGAUUUACAGCAUGUUCCUUCACCAUCUCUGCCUCCCUCCCACCCCCAGCAGAUUUUCACCUUGUGACUCGAUGGCCGUGAGGACUGGAGGCAGUGGCUGCCGAUGGUUUGUGUUACGGUGACGGACUCGGGACCCAAUGAAUUCCGUUUCGCCCUCCACGGCUCAGUACAUCCAGAGCCAGGAUGAGGGGCAAACCUCGGACCCCAGGAAGGUGCUGGUGCCGGGGGUUGGAGAGAGGAGCCUCGGCUGGAACGGACACUGCGGCACAGCGGAGAAGCCGGCCGCCAGCGAGGAGCCCGAUGAGGUGGACAAGCUCAAAGCCAAGCUGAUGUCAGCCUGGAACAACGUCAAAUACGGUUGGGUGGUGAAAGGAAAGACAAACUUCAGCAAAACGUCUCCCAUCUACCUGCUGGGAAGGCAUUACUGUUUCGAUUCAGCAGUGUCAGAUUUAAUGUUGAAGGUCCCCCCGGGAGAAAACCAGACCCGGCCGAUGCCUGCUGUGUCCUUGUUCAGGAAGGACUUUGCCUCCCGGAUUUGGCUGACGUACCGACGGGAGUUCCCCCCACUGGAGGGCUCUGUGUGGACCACCGACUGCGGCUGGGGCUGUAUGCUGCGUAGUGGCCAGAUGCUACUAGCUCAGGGUCUCCUGGUGCACCUGCUGUCCCGAAACUGGACCUGGCCGGAUGCCUUACUCAGCGCCGAGACUGAGUCCGAGCCCAAGUCCCCGUCGAAGGCCAGGACGGGCAUAGUGUCGUGGCCAGUCAUUCCCGAGGUCCUCAGCUCCCAGCAGGAGCGAGGAGGCGGAGGAGGGCGAGCCGGAGGCCCACGGGCUGCGCCUGCCUCGAGCCAGGCCCGGAGGCCGGUCAGCGUCACAACUCCGGGACGGGAAGAGAGGGAGCACAGGAGGGUGGUGGCCUGGUUCGGUGAUCACCCCAAGGCCGCCUUCGGUGUGCACCAGCUGGUCGCCUACGGCAAGAGCUCAGGGAAGAAGGCCGGGGACUGGUACGGGCCGUCCAUUGUGGCUCAUAUAAUCCGGAAGGCUGUGACUAAAGUAGAGGAGGCUGAAGGCCUGGAUAUAGCUGUGUACGUGGCUCAGGACUGUACAGUGUACAAGGGAGACGUGAUGAACGUGUGCUCGGGACAGCCUGGCCUGGCCUGGAAGUCAGUCAUUAUCCUGGUUCCAGCUCGCUUGGGAGGAGAGACGCUGAACCCAGUCUACAUGGAGUGUGUGAAGGAAGUGCUGAGGCUGGAGUGUUGUGUGGGGAUUAUCGGGGGGAAACCAAAACAUUCGCUGUACUUCAUCGGGUUCCAAGAUGAUUUCCUCCUCUACUUGGACCCUCAUUACUGCCAGCCUGUGGUCGAUGUCACGAAGCCCGGCUUCCCUCUGGAGUCCUUUCAUUGUUUCUCUCCACGGAAAAUGGCUUUCAGUAAAAUGGAUCCGAGCUGCACCAUUGGCUUCUAUGCAAAAACCAGAGACGACUUCCUGGAUCUGUGUAAACACGUCACUGCGUUGCUGGGCUCUACGCAUGGGGAGAAAUACCCCAUCUUUACCUUUGCUGAGGGCUGUGCUCAGGACUAUGCUCUGGACGAGGUGAGGGUGGACUCCCCUGACCCCACUGCCCUGAUCUCCAGGUCCCGUCACACCAGCACUGGAACAGACGAGUUUGUCUUCCUGUGACCAGAGAUGGCUCCUGCUCAGCGCUGGGUCCACCUGCCCACCACAAGGAAUUAAAGCAGCCCCCCCCCCCCCACACACACACAUACGAUUGUACACAGAGCUUUCUUUCUCCCCCACCCCCUUUUUCUUUACUAUGUGCCCCAUUAACAAUUUCUCCCCGAGGGUCAGUGUUGCUGUCCCUUGCAGAGGUGUGAGACGCUUUGGAUUAAGGUGCAGUGUGUGUGGGGGCUGGGGGUGGGGGGAGGAUUACUGUCCCUGUUUGGGUGGGGGGGAACGAUAAAGAUCUCCUGCAGCGCUGUGGGGAAAAGUGAUGGGACAUUUCUCCUGGUGUCCUGGCUGACAAUCCCCCCUCUCCCCGGAUAAAAUCUCUUCCACCUCAGGUCCCAGCUGUUUGUUCGAUGCCGCUGUGUGCGAAUUGGCUGCUGACUUCAACUCCAAACCCAGUCGCUACAACACUUGACGUUUAAGGCAAGGUGACAUUAGGCGCUCAAUCAGAUCAUUAUUUUAUUACUGUUUGCGUAGCUAAUGGUGGGAGACGAGGUGGGGUACAGUCCUCGCUCUCUCAUACUACUGAUGUCCGCGUGUGUGCGCGAGUCUGGACACAAAUCUGCUUCCUUCUAAAUAUUGCCGACUGUUGACAGACACGGCUGUUUGUGGGUACGCCGAUGGGCACAAUCGGCUGCCCCAUCGCUCCCACAAAGUACACAGUCGCCCCACUUUACUGUGUCUGCUGUCAAGCGCUUUGAGACGUCUCAACGACGUGAUAAGGUGCAAAUGCAAGGACUGCUGUAUUGAUAAUCGCUCCCUGCCAAUCACAUACACCAAACCCCGGGGGGGGGGGGGUGCGGGUGUGGGAGGGCUGGGGGUUUGUAUUGUAUUGUUACUACAACGAAAAGUGUAAACACUGAAGAGUUGAGGGUUUGGCCACCUGUUUUGGACACUGGCUAUGUCAUAAGAUUAAAAAUACUGCACUAAUGGGGGCGGUGUGUGUGUGUAUGGGGGGACGGGGCGUGGGCUGUCAUUUUAAGAUGUGCAGAAAUCCCGGGCGGGGGGGGGUCCGGGGGGAGGGGGAGAUCACACUAAUCCGGGAAUCAGCCCAACAGCCCACAGGGUCAAGGUCUGGGCUGCCCACAAUCAGAAGCUUCCCCUCCCUCUGCUGAGGCCUUGGGAAUCCCACAGCAGUGAGCGCGAGGUGGGGGUGCGGGGACGGGGGCACAGAGUGAGACUUCUGCUGUUGUUAUUGUGUCUCCAUGAGAGGAGCUAAAAUUCAGAGGACAGUCUUACCCUGUGGUUCCCAGCGAGCCCCCUGUGACAUAGGGUUAUGGGCUCCAAGGUAAGGGUAGGGCUUAUUCUCUAGGCUAGGGGUUGGGUUAGGGUUUGGCUGUCAUGGGUAUGGUUACAGGUAAUGGUAGGGGUUUGGGCACUUAAGCUAGGGUUGGGGUUUGUUCUCGAGGCCGGGGGAGUUGGUGCAACUAUUUAUUUUGGAGUGAUGUGGUGUGAUGUGAUGUCUGGGGUCUGAAACUCCCCCUCUUCCCCACAGCGCUCGGUCCGUGUACAUAUUGUGAAUAUGAAGUGUAAAUCCACAUUGAUUCCAAUAAACGUUUCCAAUUUCACCUCUUCA